AUGAAUUUAUCAACAUCCUUAUUCACCAAUAAUUCUACUAAUUUGCCCAGUUCCUUGGGAGAAUCACAAUUUCUUGCGGAUAUAAAUUCUUUGGAAGAUGAACAAUGGGAGGACGAGAAUGAAAGACCCGAUGAGUCGGAAAUGCAAACUAGACGAACUGUGAAGCUUGUAUUUUGUAUUGGAUAUGCAAUUCUAUUUUUGCUGGGAACUCUAGGCAACGGGUAA